AUGUCGGCAGUAUACUGCGCUCGCACCGAGACGGGUCGACGUAAACGCUUCACGAUCUUUCAUAGGAAGAAAACGCAGAUGCUUACCUCUUUGCACUGGGUCACCAGUUCAAUUUGGUGGACAGUCCUGGUCCUGCUAUUGGCAGCGACGCUCACGAACGCAGCGUCGUCGGUGGAUCAGGCCGCGUACCCUCCGCUGGUACCAUCACGAGGGCGCACGCUUGCCGUCACGUUCGAUAAGCUGGGCAACGCCUCUGCCGGCGAGAACAGCGUUGCAGAUUCCGCGGAGCGUUCCCGAGACGCCGCAGUGUUGCUGUUCCGGAGACAGGUCCAUCCGCCUUGCAAAGAAGCGAUUGUUGUACUUGGCGGCAGUGUCAGCGGCGUACCACUUGUAGACCAGAAAACUUCACAGAUCGAGUACGAAGUCGUUAAUCUCGGUAGGAACACGGCAACGGAUAUCCGCAUCUAUGAAUAUGACGCCAACUUCCCCGUUGUGGCUUUCGAAAGAAAAAACUGGCCAAAAGAGAAGACUGGACCAGCCUCUUCCGAACGCCCCGGUGAGUAUGUGUUAUUCGAGUUGCCGACCUUGUUACCCGGUGAGCGUUUUACCCGGAAUCUGAGCAUCGUCCCACAUACCUAUAGAGCUGGUGCAGCAGAAGCGGCGUUGUUUGAGGCACCCUCUUUUAUAGAGCCAGUGCACGUGUAUAAGCUGCACCCCGCAAGGCUCACCUACCGGAUCGGUAAACAAGGUGCGCAGCGAACCGGCUUUAGUUCUACGGAAAGUUAUCUGGUGGUGGAGAGCGCUCGCGGCUUUGAUCGUCGAGCCCUGUGGCAUCCCAAAGCCUGGGUGGUCUACCUCGGAGGCGUGGGGCUCCUCGGGGUUGUUCCCUGGAUGAGCGCCUAUUUUGGCACCAAGCAGGCCGGGGCGCGUCCGCCUCGGACGACAUAG